AUGAAGCUGAGCAGCGAAGCGCUGCCCCGGAGGCGCAGCUCCGAGCCUGUCCUGCAGACCAUCUCCAGGACCUUCAGCGACUCCGAGCUGAACAAGCAGCAAGGGGCGGAGAUAGGGAACUAUAGCCAUACCGCUUUGUUUGCAAGGGCAGAGGAGCUGUUGGCGAAGAGGAUCAUAGAUGGAGAUCCUCUGGCAUAUUUUCUACAAGGGCAGCUGUACUUUGAAGAGGGCUGGUAUGACGAAGCACUUACACAAUUUGAAAAAAUUAAGGAGACGGAUUUUCAAGCUCUGUAUCAGCUGGGUGUAAUGUAUUAUGAUGGAUUGGGGACCAAAGAAGACCCAGAAAAAGGAGUGGAGUACAUGAAAAUAAUCAUCAACUCUAACGCUCCUAAAGCAAGACAUUUAAAAUAUGCUGCUGCAUACAAUCUUGGCAGAUCUUAUUUUGAAGGAUGCGGUGUUAAGCAUUCAGAUAAAGAGGCUGAAAGGCUGUGGAUUAUUGCUGCAGACCAUGGGAAUCCAAAGGCAAGUGUAAAGGCUCAAAGUACCCUGGGAAUGUUUUAUUCUACAUCAAAUCCAAAAGAUCUGAAAAAGGCAUUUUUCUGGCAUUCAGAAGCUUGUGGCAAUGGAAGUCUGGAGUCUCAGGGUAUACUUGGUGUUAUGUAUCUCUAUGGACAAGGCAUACGUCAAAAUACAAAGGCUGCUUUGGAGUGCCUGAAGGAAGCAGCAGAACGUGGAAAUGUCUAUGCUCAAGGCCAUCUUGUGGAGUAUUACUACAAAAGAAAAUGUUACACCAAAGCUGCUGCAUUUGCCAGAAGGAUUGCAGAAAACGAUAACAUUGAUAUGUUAGCAAAGAUAACCGAUUGCCUUCCUGUAUACAUAGCCAAAGGGGUUGCUAUGGCUACUUUCUACUUUGCUAGAUGUCUCCAGCUUGGCCUAGGCAUACAACAAGAUCAAGUUGCAGCUAAAAAUUAUUAUUCUAGGGCAUGCCUCCUGGAUCCUGAUGUAGCUUCCGACCUUGAAUUGGCAGCUAAUCAUGGGAGAAUUUAG